UUGACUGAUCAAUUCGAGGGACGAUUUGUGGUGCUGGCGUUGAGCGCAAACGGACUGGCGUUGUACUGGAAACAAUGGGAGAGCGAUGCCCAACAACGGCUAUCAGAAGCGAUCUACGUUGACGAGAUUGUGGAUGUGUAUGCGGGAUGCUGCACGGAGACCGUAAAACAAAAGGUUCGGCAACAACGGGUAAUGAAUGCGUUGUUUGAUGGGCCAAGCAAACUCUCUGUUCAGUGCACGUUUUAUCAUCAGUGUGUGCCUGCCUGA